GCGUGCGUUUCAAUGGAUGUGCGUGCGUUUCCAUCCGGGCAUCGUAGCGCUGGUGCGAGGCGCGAAAGCAACCCGAACUUCUUGAAAAUUGCGUCAGCGCAUCGUAGCCAAAGUUCAGCGCGCCAUUUCAGGGCAGCCAUGUUGUCAGCAUGCCAGUAGGCAGCCGGCGCACAGCUGGUGAGGGGCACCAGUGGGCUGAACCGGCAGCAGCAGCAGUCACUACGCAUGAGGUCCGCAAGGCACGUCGGGCUAAUCUGGCAACACUGGCAAGGUGCCGCGCAACCCCAGGCAUGCGAGGAUCGUCGGAAAACAGAGGGAACAAUGGUUCAUAUAUGGCCAUGAGAAAGCUGGAUAAACCACGGUUUUCCACUCCACUGAGAAAGAAAAAUUCAAUGACUAACGAAGAAAAGAGGCUGUUGAAACGGCCUAGAGACUCCGGCAGCCUUGGUGGCUUUGACAAUGACACCAGCCUCAUCACAAGCGGCCGGUGCAUACAGCAAGCUCGGCAGAAGCCGAGCCGGCAGUGCUGCAAAAAGGCACGCAUUUAUGCCACAGAUGACACCCCCAGUGAAGUGGCAGAGCCAGCGGGUCCUGAGGAUGCACUCUUUUCACCCGUCUACCAACUGUUUAAUGAGGCAACCACAGACACGAAGCUGGGCUUCCAAAGUCUCGCAGUUGACCCUUGCCCGAAUUCCGAUGAUGAGGAGCCACUGCCCGUGGACGAGCUGCAGUCAUGCGACUUGGAUCAGCUCGUCGACCUCAAGUCCGACGCAAGUGUUGAGUGUCCAUAUGUGGAGCAAGCACCCGGAGUCUACAGUGCCGAGUGUGCCACAGCUGAAGAGGCCAAGGUAGCUGAGGACUGGGACACCUUUGACCCCUAUUACUUUAUCAAGCACCUGCCUCCACUGACACCUGAAAUGCGUGCCCGCUGCCCUGCAUUGCCACUGAGGACACGGAGUAGCCCAGAGUUUUCGCUUGUUCUGGAUCUGGAUGAAACCUUGGUGCAUUGCAGUUUGGUGGAACUGGAAGAUGCAACAUUCACCUUUCCAGUCACCUUCCAAGACGUAGAAUACAAGGUUUACGUUCGAACACGCCCUUUCUUCCGUGAAUUCUUGGAGCGGGUGUCCAAGAUAUUCGAAGUCAUCCUCUUCACGGCUUCCAAGAAGGUCUACGCAGAUAAGCUUCUGAAUCUCCUGGAUCCUCAAAGGAAGCUCAUCAGGUUCCGGCUGUUCAGGGAGCACUGUGUCUGUGUCAGUGGCAAUUACAUCAAGGAUCUGACCAUUCUGGGCCGAGACCUUGCUAAGACUAUCAUCAUCGACAACUCGCCGCAGGCAUUCGGCUACCAGCUGGAGAAUGGCAUCCCCAUUGAGUCGUGGUUCAUGGACAGAAAUGACAGGGAACUCCUGAAGCUUCUGCCAUUUCUCGAGAGUUUGGUGUCAAUGAGAGAUGACGUGAGACCCCACAUCUGCAACAAGUACCAUCUUGCAAGCUUCCUUCCGCCUGACUAAAGAGAAAGCAGGGCCACGAGACGUCAACACAGAUAACAGCCCAUACCACCAGAAGGACAACCGGACAGGAAAGCAUCAUUAGAAAGGAAGCCUGUAUAUAUGUGGUCUGAGCCCAUCUCCUUUUUGAAUAUUUUCUUUUUCGGCACCUAACCGAUCGAUUGCAUCACUGCAUCUCGGCAUACACAUACCGCUUUCGCGAAAAACUUCACCAUUGGAUGUUCAUUCAUAGUCCUGUCUGAGGAGCUGAGUGUGCUUGUGAUGCGUGCUUGUGAUUCGUGCCUGUAAAAAAGCCGAGCCAGGUUUUUUUUUUUUGUUUGUUUGUUUUUUUGUUUUUUUGCAUGACUGGAAACACACAGUCGCUUUCUUAUGAAUUACGUUGUUUUUAGAUAUUACCUCGCGGAGGGCCUCUGGCAUAGUGGAGACAUAACAGCACAGGGGCAGACUGCAUGAAUUGGAAGGUAUAUCCGAGAAUGCUUGCUGCAUCUGUGGCGACACCUUGUCACACGUGCAACAAAUUAUUCGUCGCUAGAAACAUUUUUGUUUCGCAUGAUGCUUGCUUACUACACAAUUCCAAAAAUAUAUUGUACAAGCGCAUUCGCAAUGUUUCUGACACCUCUAUGCUGGCAAAUAAAUGUAUUAGUUAUCUUCUGAAAGUUUGUGACGGACAUCUGCAAGUCUGGUAGCUCUUGUUCAGUGAUUCUUGAUCUGUUGUGCUGUACAAAGCAAAAUCGAUUGGCAGCUCGCAUAUGAUGCCAGAUUAGGUGCACGGAUUCACCAAGUCAUGUACAAGCCAGUGGCGAAGGGUCAAAACAUUCGGAAACAAGUGCAUUAUGGAAGAAUACUGGCUUAGAGGGCUGAUUGUUAGUCAAAACAAAACGUGAGCAUUCAGGUUAUACUGUUAAAUUUCUAGACGAGAUAUUCAUGCUCUCAGGCUUUGUGCAUAAACGCGUGUGCAGCAGAUGGUUGCUGCCAUACUCAUACACAGCCUCAAAAGGUUAACAUUGGUGAAGUCUAAGUUAGCUUUUCAUCAUUUUUCUAUGUGAUCAUGUUUUAGUCUACUAACAUAGCCAAGGUCAAGGAGAGCGUGUUGCCCGUUUGAAAAUACAUAAUCUCGCAUGAUGCCCACAGAGCUGCUGCAGGAGAGCGUGUUGCCCGUUUGAAAAUACAUAAUCUCGCAUGAUGCCCACAGAGCUGCUGCACACACGUGUUCCAUCCAUUACCUUGUGGUCAGUCUCUGCUGUUAAGUCUUUUGUGUGCCAGAACAUAUUUAGUCGACAUAUUUUAUGCUAUUUUAUGCUUUGUGUUAGUAUAUCUUGUGAGCGGAAGCUUCAUAACUGCUCCAUAUAUAUAUAGUACUAGGCCAUUGUUGUUUUCAGCUGCAAGUAUUUUUGUUGGUUUCUGUGCAAUAGCAUCUGCAGGAAGACGUUUGAUGUAAAAAAUAUGUGCUGGAAAAGUGGGGGAGGGAAAAUGCGGAUGAAUUUUACGCUCAAUUAGACUCUUUAAUAUUCUUUUAUUGAUGCGAUAUACAGAUUCAAUAGAGCUUUUUAAUCUGAUUGCAUCGCAAAACUGAGGAUAUGGGAGUUUUAGGAUAUGCUGAAUCUUUAAAUUAUACUUUUGUUUUUUUUGCAUGGUUCAAGUAUGCCCCCGCAAUUCUUGGAAGUUUUGGGCAGAACAAAACUUACUGUUAUACUCGUGGACAGCUUUCUAUGGUAAUGAGAGAGGAAAGUAUGCAAAUUCUCACUGCACAUUAUAAUGUUUUUAAUUUAGGGGAACAGAUAGUGUAAUCAGCAUAACGUCUACAUAUGACUGCUUCCCUUUCGCCCAAUAAUGGCAGAGAAAAGAAGUGAAAUCAAAUGUAACACCCAGUGCUACAGAAUAUCUUAUACUAUUAUUGCUACAAGUGAGAAUUUAAUCAUAUACACAUCAGGACUACACCUCUUUCUAGAAGCGCUACCACUUUCGUCGCCACAAAAAGCUGUACACGAGUGUGCAAUGCCCAACGACUUUGUUGUGAAAGAGAAAACAGUCUCUUGAAUUGUUCUUGUUUGCUUCUGUUCCAUGCAGUGCUGUGUUGGAAAUGUCAAAGGCACUAGAUGGCUUUCAUAAUGCAUUACAUAUAAGCUCCUCCCCCUCCCCACUUUUUUUUUAUUUCCACAGCUUGCUCGUGUCAGGAUUCAUGCAACAUGUCUAUUUUGUUUUACAUUACUUUAGUUUACGAGUUGCUCAGUAGUAUAUUGAGCUUUGCAAUAGAGAGAUAGUGAGCAAAAAAAAAAAAGUCAACAUGCAAUCCUGUUGUGUACAUUCAGGCCAGAAUUACCUGAUGCAGGUGGAAGUAGCAAAAGAAAACCUUUUGACAGAAUCGACCAUCUGUUAUAUGGUGGCCCAAAUAUGCGAGUAGUUGACUUUAAAUUAGCUUUUCGUGUUUGAUUCUGUCUUCAUAAUGCUAGAGUUUCGCAUACAAUCUGCAUUAAUAGGUCCGUCAUUGGCACGUACUUGAUUGCAUCAGACCUGGCCUCCAAGCGGAGGUAAUGAAUCACUUGGUGGCACAACUAACCCCGUGAGGGUGAUAUGCCGUCGUCUUGUCCGUCAAACCAAAACUAUGUGAAUAAGAGUUGUAGGUUUGAUAGGCAGGACAAAGAAGUGCGCAUUUGUAGAGGUUGGUUCUGUUUUUGUUCUUUAACCAUACGAGCUAGGCAACUGCCAAUGCUAAGUGUAUCGUUUUAAUACAGAUCUAUCCUCACAGGAAGAUCUAAAUAUAUGAAUCAAUCGAAACUCAUCUGAUCGGUGUAAAUGAACCACAUUGAUCUGUGACAUGCAAGAACGACGCACCGCAAGGUGACCAGACACAUGGCAUUUCAGUUAAAGCUCCAUUGGGCACCUAUUAAUGACAAGUUUUCGCUUAUUUCAAAACCUUUUCAAAAUCGGCAUACCGAUACUGAAAUGCAAGAUGCAAAGGGGAAAACUCAAGAUGAUACGUCAGGGUAGCUGGUUUAGAGCUCUGCCGUCACCAAAGCACUGCACUUUGUUGGAAAACACCAACAGAACUUAGUAUAUUGCUCACUGAUGAACAAAACAUUUUUGUUCCUCCAUUUUUUUAUGUCUGCACUGCCUCAUUCGAUAUUAGUUUAACUUCACGACUGUUGUCCUGGCAGAAAGAGGCUCUUGUCAGCGACGCACAUACAGUUUUUAGUUUGUUUUCAACUUUGAGAGGUCAUUGGUUGCUCCGACUGUGUCAACACAGAGCUUCCUGUUAACGCGAUAGUGCUAUAGAGCUCGUUUCGCAGAAAUGCCGGUGUCAGUGGCGUUGGUUGUGAGCGAAAAAUCGUCAUCUUACGCGUGACCAAAAAAUCGAGAAUGGUGCAAGUAAAACGAAUAAAUGAUAAAAAUCCCGAAGCAGAGCGGGGACCAGGAUUGUUUGGGUCUGAGUGGGGAUCGAACCCAGGUCGUUUGCAUGGCAAGUGGAUGUUCUACCACACGCCCUGCUUGUGAAACCAGUGAAAAGGACUUCCUCUGUUUGGAAAUGCAGUGAAAGUAGCUUUCAUGCUUCACAAACACACGAGUCCUAUAUACAUGCUUCACAAUGUAACAUGAAAUAUUGCAGUAAUAAUGCGUGGUACAAGCAUGCAUUGCCAACUGAGCAUUAGAAUAUGCGUUUAUUAUAAUGGCUUCGUGCUUGAAAGCCAGUACCACACUACAAAAGGCACACAUGCUACUGUGCCUAUUCCCAUAAGGCCAUGUAUAGUUGGUGAAUAGCAAAUACAAAAGGGUUUCGUGCACCAAGUGUUUGAAGUACACACUAGGAACAGGAUGUCGCUAUCGCAUUCAACUCCUAAAAGCGUAGGUUUGGGGAUCCCCUAAUUAUGGUUAAUACUUUGGUCAUUCUUUUUUUUUUUCUUCACGUUAAGUAUAAUUUGUACAAUUAGUUUUUACUAGGGACGCAUAAAAUAUUUUCUAGCCAUGCGAAGGGAGCUUGCGAGUGCAUCGUGACAUCGACGCCUAUGUACAAGAAAUUAUAACAUCGACAAACUUAUGUGCCAAAAAAACAAUGCUAUUGUUGACAAAUUUCUCUCAGUGAGCCUGUAAAACCUGACCUGCUGUACCUGCUGCAAAAAUAUAUUAGUAUUUGUAAAAAGAAAAAGAAGUGCAAAUGUGUUACACCUUUUUGUUUUCACACUUUGAGAAGACCAGGAGGAUGUUUUUGUUGUUGUUUAGUUCUCAUUGCUUAGUUCAUGGAUUAUCCUUCGUUGUACAUUUUUUUUGUCUCGGAAAUCGAAUCGAUAUAAGGAAUUGUAUUUCUCGGUACACACCCUUGAGGGACGAAUUCCAACAUUAACGAGUGGACAUAACAAUUUACUUGUACGAGAGCUUACUUUUCUGUUUUAUUUGCAGAAUGCAGGGAACAUAUUUGGACCUGCUGAGCAGACUGUUGUUUGAAGUGCAAUCUCUAAUUCAGGUGGCAAGAUUACUAGAAUGUCAGUUGCAAAUAAAGGGGGCAGAGGAACCUUGUAAGGUGAUAAUCCUAUGUUCAUUGAUAGAAAUAGCCAACCUACUGUUGAUCAUAGGCAAGAUCUGCAAGCUGGCUUUCCUGCAUGGUUUGAGUGUAACCUCCUUCUUUGGAGGGACAGAACUGAUUUGUUAUGGAUUCUUUUCAAAUUCACACAUGCUUUUCAGUGCAGGUACUGUUUAGCCUAAGUCUUGCUUGUUGCUAUACUGCCGUGAGGUUUAUGUGCAUAGGCCGAAGCAGUAGCACUGUGCUCUAGCUCUGCGUCAAUGUAGUGGCGGAUCCAGAAGGGGGGGGGGGGGGAAUAGCCUUCUCAAUGUCUCUGUCAGAACCUCCCCCCCUCUCACUUCGAUGCUUGUAGUCCACCUCCUAUCGCCAAUCAGUAUAAAUUAGCGAAACCACUAUGAGCAUACAUUAAUAAUAUUUAUGCUAUAAUGGGAUUUUUCUUCUAGUAAAGACAAGAAGUCAUGACACACCCCUCACUCCGUUUUACUUCCCCCUACCCCCUAAAAGAAGCGGCUGGAUCCGCCCCUGCAUUGAUGUAGGUAUGCUUGGCGAUAUACCACAGCAUCAAGUACGGUGCGAUUCACUCACAUGUUUAUGUAUCUAUAAAUGCCUUUACACAUUCUACUGCUGUGAUGAGUUGUAGAAUGUGGAGUAAACGCUUCUACAUUGUGCUUUGCCCUCAGAGGGGAAAGGGAAUGUUGUGAAAGUACCGUAGAGUACCAAUGGGCUGUGGCAUGUGGAAUGGUGCGUAUUACUAUUCGGCUGGUAAGUGUUGAACGAGUUAUGGGAGCCUGCAUCAGUGCUUAACGAGUGUAGUUUUGCCUGUGUCAGCAGAUACUCAUUUACACAUGCGUGGCUGUUGUGAGAACAGAGACCUGCAGGUAUUUCCUGUUCGGUAGACUUGUACAGAAGCCCCAAAUUUUGCAAGAACAAAGGUAGUUUUGUAGAUGGUUCACAGCUAGCUAUUAGAGAACUUGUCUCUAUUCCUAAGGAAAUCUUGCAUCAAAUCACUGUUGUAAUGUGUAAGAGUAAAAUAGCAAAUGUAUGGAAAACAAGGUUAUUUUACUGCGUACAGAAAUUGUCAUGCAAUUGUUUCUCUUGCUAAAAUUUUUUGCCUCCAUGCAUGGAAACUUUCCUGGCCAGUAACUUUUUGUUUUCUUUUGCAUUCUAAUUUCUGAAAGAGCCAGAUGCAGUUUCCAGGCUCCGUAACAUAACUAACGGGAAUUCACCGAGAUAGACAAGUAUGUCACUCUACUAACGACCAACUUUUAUUUCUGUGCGCUAUGUAUGUACUACACUCAGACCUCGAUGUAAUAAACUGGGAUAUAACGAAAUAUCGGUUGUAAAGUAUGUGAAAAAAGCCUUGACACAAAUAUAGUGUUAAUAAUAAACCUUUAUAAUGAAUUUUUGGAUAUAACUAACUCAUUUUUGUGUAACAUGCAACUUUUUUAUUAUGAGGUUUGAGCGUAUCAUGCACAAAAAUGAGUCAGUUGUUAGUACUGCAACAUCCUUAAUUAUCUCCCCUGUCCACCUUGUUUUUGCAGUUCCAUUAGUUCAAUUCACAUUAGCAAUAAACCAAUUUAACUGAGUUUAAUACGAUUCCAAUGUUCAAAAAAUAGCUUCUCAUGCAAGUCAUGGCUGACUGCAGUCAGCUUGGAAAGUCGCAAUGUGGGCUACCAUAACUCAUUCAAAACUUUCCAGCCAUUGUCGGGUAUGUACUGAAACAGGGUUGACUGGCUUUGCGUGUAUUGCGGUCGAGGCAGGGGACUGCUGCCUUGCAUUACAGCUGUGGACCGAAGUGGAACGUCGGCCACGGCAUUUCAUCUUGUGCUAUAUCACUACAUGUUGUCAUAACGUGCCAGCUGUAGAAACUGCGUAUGCUUUUUAGUCGUUCUGAUGAGAAGGCUCGCCUCUCUUAGAUUGUUGUUUGUUAGUUAUGGCACAUUGUUAACGAGCAUAGCUGUUGUCUGUGUGCUGCUGUUGGUUCGUGGGAGAGUUUAAUUAAAAAAAGAAAAAAAGCUCUUGCUAAAAACUGGAUGCCAGGGAACGGAAAAGAAAAACACAAAAAAAUGUGGGGAAAAGAGAUGAAUGCUUGAGUGCCAUCAAAUAAUAUGUGUUAAUGCGUGUGCUUACCAGAGGAUCUCACUAUCAUUUAUGUACACAUGUGUGCUGGCCAGUGCGUGGCGUAUACGAUGAAAGUCUCAGGCAGGGUUGAGCAUGUCGCUUCUGAAUGUUGUGAAACUUGCUGCAUUGCAUUUUGUUGUUGUUUUCUAUAAAGAGAGAGGCACAGCUCGAAGAUGUGUUGUGUCGAAAGCAUGCCGACACAUGCACGCGUAAAAGAAGGCGUUUGUUGAGCUGAUUGUUGUGGCAUCAGGUCCAUACACUGCUAGACAGCCAAAAGACCCGAAGGACAUUGGUUUGCGUGCAUGCGUGCCCUUUACUUUUGUACUGUUUGUGUUUAACAGUUGUAGGUGAAAAAAAAAUGUACAAUUUGGUCAAUUGCACUGCAGAGCUAAGAAGCUGAAGUUAUGACUGUUUGUUAUGUCUGCCAGAUUAUGUCUUUUUUUGUCAUCUGUAAUCUUCCUCUGUUUCUCUAUGAAGGCUGCUACAAUCAGCAGUACCCUGAAAGCAGGCAUCUGAAGGGGAUUCUUCAAAUUGGAAUCUCCGUUGGACUGUGUGCGAUUUUUACUUUGCUGGCUUCAUUAGUAAACUUUUCAAAGGAUAUCUCCGCGAGGCUUGCUUUCCGCCUUCUAGCUAUGCCCGGUGUUUGCUUUUUCUCAAGGCAUCUUCACCUGUAAAGCUUCUGCACUGAACACUUCUGCAUCAGCCCCCAUCUAACCCGCUUUCCCACAUUUACUCUAGAUGUUCCCCCAUCUCCUUGGCAUUUGUGAGGGCACUUCACUCGCAUAAAAGUGCCACAGCCAGAUGAAUAAUCUAUCAUCCUAGCCUAGUUUUACUACUAUCAUCUAGAUGUCACUACAACUACUACGCAUUUUAUACUCGGGAGUUCAAGGCGAAACGAGAAAAAAAAAAAAAAGGAAGAAGGGGGCCAUUGGUCUAUACGUGUACACUACCUGCCAUUUUGAGUGUGAAAAACAGCGCAGGGGUACCAGAGACCACACCAGGAUAUUUCGAGUGCUUCUCGUUAUGGAAUUUUUUUGCACUAGUGCCCCAGUUUCGUUGUACUGGCAAAAUUGGACAGCUGUAGCAGCGAUUCCAAUGCACGCCUUCCUUUGUGAUUUGGCAAGUACAUACUUGUACCGAGUUGUGGUGCAGAGGCCACUUCAAAGGAGAAACUACCCCAUAGCUUGUCUUCAUAUCAAGUGACAGAGUAAAUCGCUUAAAGGGGCCCUGCAACACUCUUUGCGUAUCAUCAAAAAAUUCUGCUGAUCAGUAGUCGAGAGUCCCGAGAAGAGGGCUAGCAAAAAUGUAUAGCGCAGGAUAUGGUCUGGAGUUUACAAUCGAUUCUCGUAGUCAGAUAGAAAGCAUUCCUUCUGCAUUGACAAAUGAUGCCAUAAACCCAAAGUUCACGGCCACUGGCUGAUUUGAACACUGUGAAGUGCAUAGUUACCGCCGCUGUCGUGGGAUGCCACCAUAAACCGCUCGUGGUCACUCUGAAAAAAAUUCAGAUGGAAUGAAAAAAAAAAAGAGAUGGUCGAGGUCAUGACUUGCGCUGACGAAGGGAUGCAACUUUCUGCCCCCUCCUUCCUUAGCUGUCAGCGUGCUCUGUGGUACUAAAGGAGAGAGAAAGUGCUUGAACUGUACAAGAAAUUCCUGCAAUUCUACUUAAACUUGGGGGAUUUUAUGCAAAAUUUUCUGCAGCGGUCGAUUUGUGAGGCAAUAAGCUUCUUUAAUAAAGCUAUUCAGCGAUUGCAGGGCCUCUUUAAGGACAGAGGUAGUGUCACUGUAUACGAGUAAAUUCGGCAAAGAAUGAAUAAAACCACCAUCUUGUGGAAUGCUGUGCGACUUUGUGUAGUUUCUGUGGCAAAUGCAGUGAUGGAUGACAGCGGGUAUGUUGUAUUCGCUUGCUGUUGGACAGUGCCACCAUGUGUGGCAGUCUCUACGACGCUACUUGGCCCAAAUGGAGUUUGCUCCCUAAUGUCGCUUGUUCGACGAGUUUUGGUUAUAGGGGAAGUGCUUCCGCGAACGUUCUACUAAGGACUGCAAAUUAGGCGACUGUUGGCGCGCACGCAGGAAAGUUUUCUGCCAAAAAGGGCACUUGAGCAAAGAAAUGAAUGAGAUCCACACUAAUGUAUGCGUCGAGAAAGCUGUGAUGAAAAGAAAAUGACAAGAGCAGAGGACAAUGAUUGAUUGUGUAAGAACGGUUUCUGCAUAUGCAGCCCAAGUGCUAAAGGAGCUGUGCAUUCUGUCAGACAGACAAUAUGCACAACGUCCUGUAUGAAAACAACACGCCUUCAGCGCUUUUCUACUCGCAUUAAUUUAAACUGCAGUUUCCAUGUGGAAGUGCUGCAUAACUUGCAGCCGAGCUUCCUUGCUUUAUAAAAAAAAAUUUUCUCUCUCUAACCCACGUCUGCUACGUGCACAAAGCUAAAGUGGUGGCCCGCACAUUCGGGUCAAGUGUGGCGAGAACUGCCUGCAUUUAUUUCAGGCAGCUGCAAACGUCAACAUUUUGUACAGUAAACCGAAGAAGUCUUUACCUGUUCGAUACUGGAACUUUGAUGCAAAUUUUUUGCCACAGCUGUUCAGUCUAGGGCUGUUGUGUAGCUCAGAAAACAUGCUUGGCAGUGGGCAGCAGUUUAGGUUGCAUUAAGUGCGUCUUCUUGGGUUUCUAUCUGCUGUUUAUCUGUUUUGCUAUUCAUUGUUUUAGAACUUGUACAAAUCAAAACCUCCCAAAAUUGUGCCAUAUUUGACAUUCAAUGUGAUUGAAAGAGUUAAAUUUUCUGCUCCGAGCCUACUGCUUUGCUAGAUUGAAUAUCUAGCAAAGCAGAUUGAAUAUCUAGCAAAGCAAAUCAAGGACACUUUUGUUGCUGUACUUCUACUGCAGUACCCUGCUCACAAAAAGAACAUUCAAACUUUCAGGUAGGCGAGCUGCCUUUUAAGUGUAUUUUCGAUGCUUUUGAGACAGCAGAAAUUGGGCAUAUUUGCACUGUAUGGCUUACAAGAGUGCACACACAUAAACAUAUUGUUACUUGCUGGUGCAGAGCUUCAUACCAAAAUUAUUGGAGGGAAUUCCAGACACCCCUGCUGACAAGGAACGAAUAUGGUAAUUUGACCACGAUUGGAGCUACCAGACAUCAGAACUACCAGGCUUUAGUGCUUUGUACAAAGCAUCUGCAAGACAGCUGCAUUUCGCUAGGAUGCUUGAUCAAAAGUUUUGCGCAUUUGCUACGCGAACUGCGCUACAUUAUUUAAUAUGCUACGGCAUUCUCUGCUGCAUUUGCAGUACUGAAACUUUCCACUGUCUUGCUCAACUUGACUUUUUCCUAAUGUAAACUACCAACAUUAGUUGCAAACUGCAUGCUAAGUCUAACAAUGUGCACUAAAUUAGUUUUGUUUGAACAUCCAUAAUUACACUCUACACCAAAUUAGCAGUUACAAACUAGUUGUUACUGCUGUCAUGUAAACAGUGAUAUCAGUUUUCAAGUAAGCCUAUGCAAAUUAAAUUGUUUAAUUUACCAGAUUAAGAUUAAUCAUUACCUUUCAUAGUUUAAUUGUUGGAAUGUUACACUGCCCUCCAGUAAUCUUUAUGUGAAGCUUGAACUGCUGGACUUUUGCCCUUUUAAAUCCACAAGUGGUGCAGGUGUAUUGCACCCAGAAAAAGUGUUAAGCACUCAUACACAUAAGUUUCAGAAAAUUUUUUGUAAUAAAUAGCUCUUGAUGUAUAUCCAUCCACUCUACUGGAAACUGCUCGUGAAUACUGCUGUCAGUCUGCUUAAAUGGAAUCGGCUGUGUACAUUUCUAUGCCCCUGCUGCUGUUUUUGUGCAAUUAGACUUAUAAUUGCGCAUUUAUUAUACCGUCUUUCAUUGAGUCAACCAAAUAAACAAACGAUCUUCA